GCUAGAAGGCGGAGGUCUAUCUAGGUCGUCAAACGCCAAUAUGGCGAAUGUGAGGGAUAGUGACACUUCGUUGUGGCUUCACAAUAAGUUAGGAAUAUCGAACGAUUCGUGGACUGGAGGGUCAAUAUGUUCACAACUCAAUGCCGAAGUUCUACGCAACAUAAAAGCAUGUUUUCCGGACCUUCAAACGCAGGUCAAACUCAAACUACUGUUAUCUAUUUUCCACAUCCCGCGCAGGAACGUUGAGGAGUGGCGCCAUGAGCUGGAUGACAUACUUGUGGUAGCAUUAAAUGACAGUGAGGCAUGGGUCUCAAUGUUAGCUGAGACUAUGAGAACCCUACCUUCAACAGGGUCAUUAAAUCUGGAAAUACGACACAAUGACGAUAAUCAGCGAAUAUUUUCAGACCUUGUUAAUGAUUUAAGGAAAUUAGUACGCAAACAAAAUGAUGGUGGAAUGUUACCCUUGGAAUGUCAUUACCUGAAUAAAAAUGCUUUGGUAACUGUUGUGGGUCAACAGCCCCAACCAGUGAAGCAUUUUGCUUUAAAGCGAAAACCGAAAUCAGCUGCUUUGCGGGCUGAGUUAUUAUCGAAGUCAGCAGAUGCUGUGAGCCACCUGAAAAAGAGUGCUGCACCUACUGUUCCUGUUCGCUCAAGAGGAAUGCCAAGAAAAAUGACAGAUACAACUCCUCUGAAAGGAAUUCCUAGCAGAGUACCAACGGGAGGAUUUAAAUCCCCUGUCGUUAGCAAUCAAAAUAAUCAACGUGUCUCAUUAGGUCGUACACCAGUAAAUCGCAAAGAUGGUGGAAUAAAACUUAUUGAUAUUAAUGAACAACCCUUAGGGUAUGCCCAAGCUAAAAAGAGAAAGAAGUUGCAAGAAACUGAAGAUGCACGGAAAGCUUCAGAAACAGCAGCAAGCCAACAGGCAACCAAUGCUGCAGCUACUGCUGGUACUGCUGCUUCUAGUGCAACUGCAGCACCAGGCACACCUGCCACCCCAGUUACCCCUGAUUAUGCAGCAGGCCUCGCACCUAUUAACCCACCAACACCAGCUCAGUCAUCUGCUACAGUUCUCACAAUAGCUAAUCCAGCUGGUAAUCCACAAACACCAGUGGCUCCAGGAGAAACUGUAAUUAUUUUGAACCCGUCUACUCCCCUUCCAUCAACAGUCGCUGCUUCUUCUGCCACCACAACCGUCACCCAACCGAGGGUUAUUGCCGUUAAUACCAUUGCGGUUGCUGUGCCCUCUCAAGCAGCAGCAACUCCUUCCCAGCCAAUUUCUACUACAGCUACCUUAGUAACCCCAGCUGUUGCAGCUGCACAAGCAUCUACCUCAGCACAAGCUGCUUCCACAACACCAGCUGCAGCACCAGCCACAACACAACCAGCUCCUCCCAGAGAAAGACGGCAACUCUCUCUUACGAGAGAACAAAUGGUUGAAGCUCAGGAAAUGUUUAGAACAGCCAACAAGGUUACAAGACCUGAAAAGGCUCUUAUUCUUGGAUUUAUGGCUGGAUCAAGAGAUAAUCCAUGUCCACAUUUGGGUAACGUUGUAACAAUCAAAUUAAGUGAAAGUCAGGAAAAUGUUCACCAAGAGGGAACUAUUGUAACUAUGAUGGUGGAGACCCACUUCCAAAUGAACUACAGCACUGGCGAAUGGAAGCGUAUCAAAAAAAUAAGGAGAGCUGAAGAUGUACCCGCUUUGGCUACACCAGUUCAAGCAGCUGCACCUCAACAGCAACAUGCAACUGCAUAGAAUUAAUUCUUCCCAGCAUUUGUCUACCAGUCCCAGUACCAGUGAAGGAAGACUUUUCUUCUAGGAGCUGUGUUAAAUUCUUAAAAUAGCUUGAAGAAUCUAACAAUUUUCUUCUUUGCCAAAUUUUCUUCAAAAAUUUAUACAUCUGUACUUUUCCUACUGACAGAAUUUUUUAAAGUUUAUUUUAUGCAGGUAUGUCAGUCAGUCUGAAUUUCUGCCUAUUCUUUCUUGUCAUCUCAUAUGACAUAAUCUCAAAGUAUGAUUUCAACUCAAAUUAUCCCGCUUAUUGAAAUUUUAGAAUAUCAAUCAUUUUUACUGUAUUCUAAGACUUAACUGCUCAGGCUGUUGCUGAAUACUCUACAUGAAUGUUGAAUCAAUGCUUCUAAGGUAUGACUGACUAUGUGAAAUUAACCCAUUCAUGUUAUGAUAAGUUUGGUCAUUUAUUUGGUUAUCUAUGUACCUAUUUGGUGGAUGAAGGCAGUAGCAUAAAAGAAAUUUGAUCACCUUCACCAUUUGCCCCUGAAAAAAAAUAGUGAUAUCAUGAGGAAAUAUUGUUAAAGGCCCAUUGCGGAAUUUAAUUAUAUCCCUUUAAAAUUAUUGGUAACAGGGACUAUAUUAUUCAGACUGCUGAUGUUAUUCACUGUUAGCUUGCUUAAUAUUUUAGUUAUCUGAUGAUUCUUGUGAUUUGGAUUUAAAAUGGACAGCUAUAUUUAUGGCAUGUGGUCUCUUUUCUGUUUGUUCUUCACAUUUGUCCGUCCAUACCUCUUGGAAGAUUGGCAGACCACCAACUACUGUUGUGAGGAAGAUUAGGCCUAGUUUGUGUGUGAUCCUUUUCCACUAUUUUUUUUUCUUUCUCUGUAUGACUGAACCAUUAAGUGUGCAAGGAGAGGUGAGAAUGUUAUUUAUUAGUUAUAUUGGUUGGCUUCCAUAUUUUUGAGAUUGUAGACAUAAGGGACUACGCCACUUUCAAGUGGAAGUUAACAAUAAUAAAAAUUUACUAUGCUGACUACCCUAGUCAACAUGAGCUAACAGCAGCCUUUAUGUUUUGGAACAGUUGCAGAGACCCUGAACUACCUUAAGCCAAUACAUGACCCUGUUGGUCCAUGUGUUGUAUCUGAUACUAAUGAUAUGAUCUCAGUACUUCCUAUUAUUCUUUCAAAAGUUGCAGAGCAAAAUUUCUCUCUUCACAAAACAUUAAUUUCUCUUUCAUGACUAACUGUAGCCUUUUAAAAAGAAACAAAACCAAAACAUCAUCUAUUUAUGAAAGAUUCAUAAUGAUUAUUGCUUUAAAAGUCAUAUCAUGGGUGGUUUCCUAUUGUCUUUCGGAUUUAUGAAUGUCUUCCUCUCUUGUGUAAGUUUUUAAUAAAAUAAUAUUUCAUAUUUUCGCGUCUGUAUGUAUUCACAUCCCAUAGCUUGAUCUGCAAUUGUUCCACAUUUGCCACUGUUCCAGCUAAAAUGUUAGUAGUGGUCAUAUUUUCUCUGUGAAUUCAUGUGAAAGAUUAUUUGACAUGCGCUCGCUCUAAAUGCCAUAGGAAACCAUUAUAAUGUUGAGGCAAAAUAUUUCGCCUACAAUCCAAUACAUUUGUGUUGAACAGUUAACUUAGUUAACCAUCUAAAACUGACCAACCUAGACUUGAGUUUAUAUUAAAUUGAGAUAUUUUAAAAUGGAGGGUGUAAGAAAUUUGUACUGUAGUCCUAAAGUGAUUUAUGAUGUGAUUUGAUAUAUUUUAUCUUGUAAUAUAAAAUCGCAUAUGUAUAUGAAUAAAUGUGACUAUAUGUAUAAAAUCUGAUAGCUUUGUUAGUCAGCUGCCACGCCGUUUUAUCGUUCGCUCCGUGAGGUGAGGCCUCUGUACAUAUCGAGUAGGGUCAGGUUAGGGCAGGGGUCCUCAGUGCGCAGGUAGAGGGUGAGAAAGAGCAAAAGGCCUGAACGCGAGCCUAGCUUGCCGCCCUGGGCCUGGGCCCAGUGCACCUGCAGCUGCACUCAGCCGCAGGCAGGGGGCUGUCCCGAGCGUACGCGGCCCACUGCUCAGGCUCAGGACCAGCCGCGGCUGGGGUAGGGGGAUGUUGUGACGCAGAAGCGGUAUGGUGCCCCCUCCCCUCGCGUCCCUCGCGGGGCCCAGGCCCGCCCCCUGGCCCGCUCCGUUGGCAGGCGGGCCCAGCACAGCUCGGCAGGGGCGUCACUUGGUUCCGACGAGACUCCGAGAGCGCUUGGUUCAGCACACUUCGCGACUCCACGAAGGCUAGACACAAUGGCCAAAGGCAAAGGUGGCGGUGGCAAAGGGGAUGACAAGAAGGCGGGCGGCGGCGGCAAGGCGGGCGGCGAGAAGGGAGGCAAGGCGGACGGAGGCAAGGCCGCCGGGAAGAAAGGAGGGAAGAAGUAGGGUGCCUCGCGCCCCUUGACUUCGCUUCGCAGGCCCCCGGGACCCGGCCCCUGUCUCCCCUCCACCACACCGCGGGCGCUCCACGCCGGGACGUCCCGCCAAACACCAAGUUUUUAGUUUGCAGCGAUGUCACCAACUCAGUUAGAGGGGCUCCUGAGGUUUCCCGGUGCGAGCAACGCAGAGCACCCAUGCCGGGGCCAAUAGAUUUGUACACCGUAACCGCCAUGUGGUUCUUCACUUCUCGCCAUCGCCUUCUCUUCUCUUUCAUCCAGUUUCUUUACUGUAUCAUUCAUCGUCCCCAACAAAUUCCAAUGGUGGUUGGCCCGGUUAAAAGUGUGUUGUAAAACGUAAAAUAAUAAUAAUAGAGGUUCAGUAUUAAUGUUCGUCUGUGACUUUAGCCAUCUUUAACCGAUCGCUAUGCGUUCUACCCUGGCACAGACACUCAGUUCUUUUGCGCGCCGAAAUGUAAAUGAAAAUGUUUCUUUCCCCCUCGACCCAUUUCUCAUUCAUAAGCCUGUGAUCCAUCCUAUCAUUAAAGAUUAAGACAUGUAGUUAGAGUUAAGUAAAAUAUUAGGGUAGAGUUUAUUAAAAAUCGGUGACAAAA